UUUGCAGAAACUGGAUCCUUCGCGGAAAGGGCCGUAAACCGAACGGCCUUAUCACUGUCCUGUUGAAGGAGUUUUGGCCUGGCCUAUUCUGCCCGCGGCCAGACAGGGACCCGCAGCUGCGGGUUUUGGCCAUGAGCUGGGCCCACUACGAGGCUUGCAGCAACGCGGAGUACGGGACGGCCGCUAAGGCCGUGAUCACCAAAUUUUGGCAACUCUAUAGAGUUCUUGACGAGCACAAGGCCAGAGCCGACGUGGUCUUGCUUGCGGCUGCGAAGAAGAAAGCUCGUCAGUUGCAGUACGAGGUGCGCUGGGUUGCCGUCUCGCAGUACUACCACAUCUACCUGCAACAAAAGAUGACCAAAACUCAAGCGCAGAGGCAACGACUUACCUUGAACAGGGAGCAGUUCAUGAUGGUAACUAUUACUAACUUAUCAUUGUUUCAAGCAGUCAACUAUAUGUUUCGUGCUCACAUGUCAUGCUUCCAAAAUUUGCAUAGGUUAUUCCUCGUUGGUGCUAUGGAAGGCAUGAUGGAUGGGCGAGUUUGGUGGAUAGGUGGCUCGGCGACGAUGCAGAGUUUGCUGCCAAGAGCAUCAAGGCCCGGGCUAACCGUGGAAAAGACGGGACACACGGCCAAGGAAACAGGAACCACUGGGGCUUGA